CGGGGCCAUUUACCGGCGUCGUUUUAAUCCGGUGAGGGUGGGGGAGGGGGAAUCUCCUCCAGGGGUCGGACCUCCAGUUAUCUUCCUCGUUCUUCGCCUCGUAGAGGCGGGACACUAGGUACUAGGGACACUUAAGGGGAGUGACGUGAGCGGCCGCACUUGGCAGUGGCCGCUCUACGCCGCGUUGUCCUGUAUAGACUCCCGAGGAGUACGGCUGGGCUGGGGGACGCUGGACGAUGACAACAGCCACACGACAAGAAGUUCUCAGUCUGUACCGCAGGAUUUUCAGGCUUGCGAGGAGGUGGCAUGCGGCAUCAGGGCAGAUGGAGGACACUAUCAGAGAAAAGCAGUACAUUAUAAAUGAAGCCAGAUCGUUGUUCCAGAAAAACAAAAAUCUUACAGAUUCAGAACUAAUUAAACAAUGUAUAGAUGAAUGCACAGCAAGAAUUGAAAUCGGAUUGCAUUAUCAGAUCCCAUAUCCAAGGCCAACUCACCUGCCUCCAAUGGCCCUCACUCCCCUACAGAGUCGUGGACUUCAAACCCAGGAGAAGCUAAGGAAACUUUCCAAACCAUUAUAUCUCAAGUCUCACAGUGAAGUUUCUUAAUCCAGGCAAUAGGUUUCUGUGUAUAAACUGUGAGCCAGGCAGAGCCUGAGUGCAAACUGGGUAAUGAAUCUUUUCUCCUUGCCUUAAGUCCAGUCAGACAAAAGAAAGACAAAGAAUAUAGAGUGUUUGCUGUAAUUUCUCUUAAACACUCAGAUAUUUGGGUCCUUAAUUUCAAUAACACUCAUUGAAUGUCCUUGAAUUUAUCAGUAUCAGUGUGUUCUACUAGAUAGGAAUAUGCUAACUCCUAAAGAUUAUUCCUGAUCAUGAUCUUAGUAACAUCUUAGAUGAAAGUCUGAACAUAGCAAGAAUUGGGUUUAAGUUUAAAUUUUAAAAAUUAUAAUUGUGGAAAUAAUGUAGCUGUAUACAUAGAGAAAGCUGCACAAUAGAGUCAUGGCAGUACCUCUUAGCAGCUUUCUUGGAAGUUCUUAAAAUUACUAUGACAAUCAGAUACUAACCUCAGACCUGUAAAUGUCCGUGGGCCUUAUUUUGUUUUGUAUUUAAGUUAUGGAUAUAUUUAAAAUAAGACCUUUUAUGUUUUAAUUCUCCAGAUAUGCUUUUUUGAUAAUGUCUUGACUCAAAGAUAAACUUUUCAUUAAUAUUCAAGUAGGCAGUUUCUUCUUUACCACAUUAGCAGAGUCCAUCAUAUAUACUCUAUUCCCAUCAUCCCUUUAACUGUUAAUAGAAGAUAUCAUAGUAUCUCAGGGAAAUUUUGGGCAGGAAGGAAAUAUCCCAAAUUUUCAGGAACUGAUGUAGUGUAUUUAAUUCUAUCCCUUAAAUGCGUACACUGUACAAACAAUGUCUAAAACAUGUGACUUAUAAUUCUGGCCUCAAAGCCUCACUGCAAAAUCAUAGCACAAUAGGUAAAAGUAAUCACUGUUUUCACUUGACAACAAAAUGAGAAUCUCACAAGCAGAAAAAUAUGCUGUGUAACUUACAAGGCUGAUUUGAAAUCAUGUACAAAUAGGAAAAGGAAAGUCCAGAUCGAACGGAGAAAGGACUGUGCCUUUGUGAUAAGCCACUGAGAGUCACUGUGUAUCAGUGUUUUGUUUUCAAAGAUGAUGAAAAUCUUCAAUAAAAAUUGUUCAUAAA